CUCUUCAUGCUGGACCUGUACAACGCGAUGACGACCGAGGAAGAGGACGCGACACUGGGGAAGACGCUCUCUGGGAAAGCGCGUAAAGGCGCCUCUGUGGUUCCACAUGGAUACUCGAGCGCGUCGCAGCAGGCGUACCGCGCGGCGCCCUUGACCAGUCAGAGCCCGCCUUUGGCCACCGCGCAAGACACCAACUUUCUCAAUGACGCGGACAUGGUGAUGAGCUUUGUCAAUCUGGUCGAGCGGGACAAGGAUUUCUCCCAUCACAGACGACACUACAGGGAGUUUCGUUUCGACCUGACUCAGAUUCCAGAAGGUGAGGCAGUGACUGCCGCCGAGUUCAGGAUUUAUAAGGAUCACAGUCACGUCAGACAUGAGAACAUCACACUCAAGGUCACCAUAUACCAAGUCAUCAAAGAAUAUCCAAACAGGGAUGCUGAAACAUUUCUCCUGGACUCCAAAAAGAUCCGCGCUACUGAUGGGGGGUGGCUGGUGUUUGACAUCACGGCCACCAGUAAUCACUGGGUCCUGAACCCGCAGCAGAACAUGGGCCUGCAGCUCUGCGUGGAGACCACUGACGGUAGAAGCAUCAACAUGAAAUCUGCUGGCAUCAUCGGGAGGAACGGACCUCAGUCCAAACAGCCAUUCCUGGUUGCUUUUUUCAAAGCCAGUGAGGUUCUGCUCCGUUCUGUAAGAGCCACAGGAAGCAAGAGGAAGAGCCACAGCAGAAACAAAAGCAGAACACAACAGAAAUUUUCGCCAGCUCUCAAAAGUGGAGAUCAGAACACCAGUGAACAGAGACAAGCCUGCAAGAAGCAUGAACUUUACGUGAGCUUCCGUGACUUAGGAUGGCAGGAUUGGAUUAUUGCUCCAGAGGGCUAUGCAGCCUUUUAUUGUGAUGGAGAAUGCUCAUUUCCACUCAAUGCACAUAUGAAUGCGACAAACCAUGCGAUUGUGCAGACCUUGGUCCAUCUAAUGUUUCCUGAUAAUGUGCCAAAGCCUUGCUGUGCACCGACCAAACUGAAUGCCAUAUCGGUGCUGUAUUUUGAUGACAGCUCAAAUGUAAUUCUGAAGAAGUACAGGAAUAUGGUGGUGAGGUCCUGUGGAUGUCAUUGAGGACAUUGAGGAGCUUCUGUGUCAUAUUGCUGGAAUAACAUAUCAAAAUAAAUAGUUUUUGACAUUUGAUGUACAGUAUUAUGUAUAUAUUAG